UUCGGCUUCGGCGCCGGCGACCGGAGGCCGCUCUGCUCUUCCCCGGACCGACACUUCGCACCACCGCGAGCCGAGCUUUUCCAUGGCGGUCCGCCGCCCUCGCUGUUCGAGUGUGAGGCCGCGGCGUGGCGCGAGAGGAUCAUCCGCGAGGAGGUGGAGCGGCGGCUCAUCGAGAAGGAGGUCCGCCGCGAUCUCUCCCUUGCGCGCGCCCGCGGCGGUUUCGGCCCCGUCCCGUUCGUCGGACCCAAUGGCCACAUCGUGCGGUCACCACGCCAAGGCACGUUCUUCAGGCCGGACGGCCCAUUCACGUCGCCAAUGCCGCUGACCCCGAUGCCGGUCGGCAUGCAUCCGAACUGGCCACCGCUGCCUUCGUUCGGGUCGUGGGAGGGGUUUGGUUCUCGGCGGCUCGCGGGAUUUGGGCAGCCGAUGCUCCUCAACGAGACGAGAACGAGGUCCCUGCCGCCGCCAAAGCCGAUGCAUCAGCUCCAGCUGCGCAUGGUCACGCCCAGCGAGAGCUCCGAGGUUUUUUCAUCAGAAACAAAGGAUUCUGGUGUGAAAAGGAAGGCACAUGCGAUUUCUGCAACUACUGAAUCAACAAAAAUACAAAAUGCUGCAAGGGACUGGAGCUGUGCACUCUGUCAAGUGAGCGCAACCAGUGAGUCUGGUCUGAAUCAGCAUCUUCAAGGGAAAAAGCAUAAGGCGAAGCUGGUUCAAUGUGGAGCGAUCAAGGUGAUGGAUACUAAUAAAAGUGGUUUACAUGUAACUACUGGAAAUAACAAUGGCGCAGGCCCAAGUGACGCGCCUAAGAAAAUCCACAUCCUGGUCGAUGGAGAAAUGCACCAGGUCGUCCAAAAAAGCAAGCGUGUAUGGUGUGAGCGUUGCAGGGUCAGCUGUACCAAUGCCGGUGCCAUGGCUGACCAUCUGCGGGGCAAGAAGCACAGUUUAUUGAAUAAAGUCUGGGCGUCAAUAAAAGCCGUGAGAAGGAACAAUGGAAUUAAGGAAGAUUCAGCUACUGCUACAUGUGAGAGAAAGGUAAAUGAAAGCGGCCCUGCUGGAAUUCCAGAGGAAGAGGAACAUGAGGAGGAGGGAGACACAUACAUGGCUAGCGAAUUCAGCGGAGAUGCUUCUUCCGAAAUUCCUAUGGAAACGAAGGAAACCACUGACAUGGCCGAAGAAGCAGAUGCAGAUAGUCACAGCGUAACUCCUGUGGGAAUCAACAAGGAAGACACCGACACUGCGAGCAAAGCAACCAGAAAUUACCCCGCGGGAACCAAGCAGGAAGACACUGGCGUGGUCAUGGAUGUAAACAAGAAUUCUCCGCCGAAAGUUCAUCAGAAAUCAAGGAAGGAAUUUCCGUUGAAAGUCCAUCAGGAAUCAAGAAAAAGGAGGCAAAAUAAGAAAUUUCUGUCGAAAGUGCAUCAGAAGGCAAACGAGAAUUUGCUGCCGCAAUGUGCAUCAGAAUCCAAGACCGAAGGAUUCGGGAAGUAAAUGGAAGUAGCUCUAUUGAGAUUCCAGCUGGGGGAAGACACAUAGACGCAUCCACUGAUUUUAGGCAGAACCUGUGCGGGAGGAGGAAUAACACGCCGCACCAGUGUUGUAAUUUGGUUAGCAGUAAGCUUUUAGUAUCGUGCGAUGAACUCUAGUAGAAUCUAUCCGUAUUAUGGGCCUUCUGUAGUAUUCUUUGUCUCUAUGUAGUUUUCAGGUCUGAUGCUUGCAUGGUCUCGGAUCCCCUGCAGCUGAUGUCUUGGAUGGUAGCUUGUGGUUACGUUAGAAUUCCAGAUCUGAUUGCAGGCUGCGGGCUCGUGGAUACAUAGCUUUACUCCUAUAUUAGAUGCUGCUGUUCUGUUC